AUGAGCAAACCGAAAGUACUAGUCGUCGGCGCUGGUGGGAUUGGUAUGAUCGGUGCCUACACUUUACAUUACAACAAGCGCUGUGAAGUAUCCGUAAUCGUUCGAUCCGAUUAUGAGUUGGCUCGGAAAAGGGGGAUCAAUAUCGAUAGCGUAGCUUAUGGCAAGGUCGAUAAUUGGAAACCAGCCAACUUGGCUGCUAACACAACCGAGGCUAUGGAAGCGUUUGGACCCUUUGAUUAUAUUUAUUUGGCUACGAAGAAUAUCCCAGAUGGUUCAAAUAAAUGUGAGGAUGUCAUCAGACCCGCAGUCACCCCAGGUCUUACCACAAUAUUAAUGGUUCAAAACGGAAUAGAUAUUGAAAAUGCCAUGUUCGAAGCAUUUCCAGCAAAUAUAGUUCUCAGCGGAGUAACUCUCUCGGGAGCUCAGAAUCUCCAUUUGGAGGUCAAACAUGUUGGUCCCGAAGUGUGUACUAUUGGAUUCUUCAAACACCCCACUAUCGAUGAAAAAAUACUAGAAGCAAAGGCUAAAGAAUUCAUUGAGUUAUACAGCAAUGACUUGAACACAAUCACGUAUGAGCCGGAUGUCAGAAGUUCCCGUUGGAGGAAACUUGUGUACAAUGCUUCUAUUAAUCCUAUUACAGCACUGGCUGGCCUCGACUACUCAAGAGUAGAGCUAUGCGAUGGUAGGGCUACCGUUUUGCGACCUGCUAUGGAUGAAGUCGUUAAGGUAGCGCUGGCAGAUGGCUACAUUAUACCAGAUUCUCAUGUGCAGGCCAUGUUAGAGGUAAGCUCUGGAUUAUUUUAUACCCCAUCCAUGUUAAUGGAUGUUAGAAACAACAACUUAACUGAGCUGGAAAUAAUCCUGGGAAACUGUGUAAAAAUUGCAAGGCGGCACGAAGUCGCAACUCCAGUAUUGGAUACGCUAUACGCUUUAAUGAAGAUGAAACAAUUUGACAUAAAGGAAAAAAAUGGAAUCAUUAAAGUUGACACAACAAUAAACAAAGACUAUUCUACCUACGGGAAGGGUUUUUGA